AUGGUUGCAGAAACAAAGUUAUACGACUCCCUCGGAGUCAAGCCCGAUGCUUCCCAAGACGACAUCAAGAAGGCUUACCGAAAGGGAGCCUUGAAAUAUCACCCAGAUAAGAAUAAGGAUGAUCCAAAGGCUGCGGAUCGGUUCAAAGAUGUCUCCCAAGCAUACGAAGUCUUAUCCGAUCCGGAAAAACGAAAAGUAUACGACCAAUUCGGCCUCGAAUACCUCCUCCGCGGCGGACCACCCCCAACAUCUGGCGGCGGCCCUGGCGGCGGUGCAGGCCCCAACCCCUUCGAAGGAGGCGGCAUGCCCGGUGGAUUCUCAUUCGGAGGGAUGCCAGGCGGCGGCGGUGGCCGCACAUUCCACUUUUCAUCACGACCUGGCGGCGGCGGCGGCGGCGGCCCUGGUGGAAGCGGAUUCCAGUUCAGCUCUGCGGACGAUAUCUUCCGGAACUUCGCCAAGGCGAGCGGUGGCAUGGGUGGAGGAUUUGACGACGAUGAUAUAUUCUCCAUGUUAGGUGGUGGCCUUGGUGGUGGUGGACGCGGUGGAGGUCCGCGGUUCCGGAGCAGUCGUGGGCCUAGUAAUGGUGGUGCUGGGUUUGGCCGACAGUCAUCUCAACGGGCGCCGACACCCGAACCGUCGGUUAUUGAGAAACAAUUGCCGCUGACGCUGGAGGAGAUUAUGAGUGGGUGCACGAAGAAGGUGACUGUUAAGAGCAAGACGUUUGAUGCGAGCGGGAAACGUGCCGUGCAAGAUGUGACGCUGGAAGCGAACAUUAAGCCUGGGUUGCGAACUGGGUCGAAGAUUAAGUAUCGCGGAGUGGGUGACCAGGAAGAAGGUGGCCGACAAGAUGUCCACCUCAUUGUUACAGAGAAAGAGCACCCCAAUUUCAAACGCCACGGCGACCAACUCAUUACAACAGUCGACCUCACCCUCAAAGAGGCUCUCACAGGCUGGAAUCGCAUCGUCCGCACCAUCGACGGCAAAUCAAUCAAAGUGUCGAAACCUGGCCCGACAGCGCCUGGUUUCGAGGAGAGUUUCCCAGGUCUCGGAAUGACGAUCUCAAAGAAACCGAGUGAGCGAGGCGAGCUGAUUGUCCGCGUCAAUGUCGAAUUCCCCAAGACGCUGUCAUCCAGUGCAAAAGAGGUGCUAAAGGACGUUCUUCCUUGA